UCAUUUUCUUUACAAAUAAUAAUGCUCCGAAAUAAAAUGGAAUCGAAUAGUGAUGACGAGGAGGAGUACGAUGAUCAAAUCCACGUCGCGGACUAUCAGUCGUCACUCAAGGCUCCCAAGUGGCCGAAAACUACUAUCUACAUAGAGUUAGGCAAUCAUGUGGCCAUUGUGAGACACGAGCCACUUGCCAAUCUCGCACUGGAAGACGAUGCCGAUCUUAACACGAAGGUCCAGAAAUUUCUGGGUCUGAUGGCACCACGUCGCAGACUAUACAAUCCCGAUAAAGGGUGCGAUCCAGAACCGACAAGUGUCCAGGUAAAUACUUUUGAUUCCCCACCCGCCAGGCCAGUCACUCCACCUCCCACACCCCAAAGACACCUCAAUCCGAUUACUUCGAAGCGGCAGGCGAACGAUAUAAUACUACAGGUCAAUGCCAAUUGCUUGGAAAUAGAUACGCCCGAUUUUCUUAAGAAACCCAUCGAUCUGAGCAACCUGCCCAGCAAGAAGAACCUGGCGAAGAUUUGUCGUAUGCACAGGGGCAGCAUCGCCUGCCUGGAGAAUCAUCCGCACCUCUACACUUUCGUGGAGUCGCUCAACCCGACGACUUCCAUCGAAUUGUGCCAUCCACUGGCGCUGACCUAUCGCCAGCGCCGUUUCAACAGCUGCAAAGUGGAACUGUCCAAGCGGCUGUUUAACAUCUUCAACCACGCAAUCUUUCACUGCGGCCUGCUGGCGCCGAUCGUUUGGGAGCGCAACAUGAGAACACCCUGCAAAAGUGACUUGGCCAUCGACGCCUUAGGACAGCGCAAUGCCCGCAUACUGCUUUGUAGGAAAAUCAGUCAUCAGGACACGCUCAUCCAAUCGCUGCUGCACGAGAUGAUCCACGCGGCGGCCUUCGUUUUCAACCAGGAGGCAGGACACGGCGACCAUUGCCGCAAAUGGGCCUACCAAGCGGGGAACGCGAUGCCGGAGCUUCCUACGAUCUACGACUGCCAUGCCACCUUUAUGUACACCUGCACCAUGUGCGCCCGCUGUUCCUACGGAAGGAUCGAUUUCAAAAAGGAGGAACUGCGCUGCCACUACUGCCAGUUUGAGGUGAACGUGAAGCCAUUCCAAAAAGGCAACAUCUUCAUGGGCACACGGCCAGAUCCUACGAUCACCCCAUUCAAGUCCUUCAUCCGCGACAACUACUUGAAACUAGGUGAGGAUGAUGGUCCCACUCACAGCUCGAAAAUGAGAUUGCUCAACGAAAAGUAUUCAAAGAUUAAUGCUUCGACCAAUUAG